AUGGAUAUUACCGUGACAGAACCUGAGAAAAGAGUGGUCAAUACCGACAUGCUAAAAGAUACUUUUAUGGUCUAUCUAGUCCAAACAAAAUGCACGGGCCAUGGAGGACCUGACGAUUUCGAGAAAGGAACUCACUCUGUUUGGAGACGUUAUAGUGAAUUCGAUCUGUUGCGAAAUUAUUUUAACGUAACUUACCCAUACAUUAUUAUCCCACCUAUACCGGAGAAGAAGUUACCAUCGUUUCAUAUGAGCUGGAAAAAUAUCACUACAGACACAUUCGAUCAAGAUUUUAUUGAGAGAAGGAGAAGCGGUCUUGAGGCAUUCCUUCAUCGUGUAGCACAACAUCCAACUCUAUGUCAAGAUAGAAUUUUUCACUCUUUCUUACAAAAGGAAGAAGGCUGGAAAGAAGUCAUUCAAUCAACUAACUUUCAAUCAAAAGCUGAUAGUCGCAUUCAUAAGUUAAAUUCCUACUUCAGAGUACAACGAGUUGACAAGCGAUUCGGUGAUUUGAGGCAUUAUGCGGAUAACCUUCAUAAUAAUAUUGCUGCAAUCCUUCGAAUUCGCCAUAGAAUGGUCAAUUCGGUAUUUUUCAUUUAUAAAGGCCAUCGUCAUUAUGGCUCUAUGUUUAGCUUUUCUGAUUCAAUUACCGGCGUUUUGGAGGACGAGGAGCUAAACUUCCAUGAUUUACUUAAGGAAUAUAUGUUAUAUGCGGAUUCGAUCAGGAGUAUCACCAAAAAACAUGAAAUUCUCCAGUUUGAAAUCGAACGUAGUGAAGAAGCAUUAGUAAACAAAAGGAAAUUAAGGGAUGAAAGUGGCCUAUCUCAGUCAAAAUCUUCAUCUUCAACAUCAGAUAAUGUAAGCCAACCUGAUGAAGAUGCCGAGCAACAAGAUGAGCAUUCAAGUGAAGAUAGCGAAGAGCAAAAGCAAUCAACGGGCCCAGAAGAUGAAUCGUCCCAAUCAGUUGCUCAAAAACCUCGGUCAGCCAUGGUUAGUAAUGUAGUUGGUGGAAUUGGUAAAGUUAGCCGUGGUUUUGGCUCAGUUAGGCGUAAGGUUCAAAAUAAAGUUUUCGGCGAAGACGCACCUGAGAUUAAGGAAAAUAAACUAAAGGCUAUAGAUGAUAACAUCAAAGAAUUAGAAAAGACGCUAGAUGAACGUCGACUAGAAGCCAAAAAUUUUGGCGAAAAAGCGAACGAAGAUUUAGAAAGGUUUUAUUUGCAGAGAGAUAACGAUAUACGAGAACUUUUAAUGAAUUAUGUCAGCAUGCAAAUUGAUGUUUGCAAGAAGGCAAGGUCUUAUAACAUGGCAAGUCAUGAAAGAAUCAUUUGGCUCUUUAUAAAUCAUAUAAAGCUGUUAAAAAUACGGAAGGAAAUAUAG